CCGCCUUGUUCCUGCUGCCCUGUCUGAGGCUGAGGCACCUCUGACAUACUGAUGGCUCUGCAGAGGACCCACUCAUUGCUUCUGCUCUUGCUGUUGACCCUGCUGGGGCUGGGGCUAAUACAGCCCUCCUAUGGCCAGCAUGGCAUGUACCAGCGAUUCCUGAGGCAACACGUGGACCCUCAGGUGACAAGUGGUGAUGAUCGUUACUGCAACGUGAUGAUGCAAAGACGGAGGAUGACUACGCGUCAGUGCAAGUCCUUUAAUACCUUCAUCCAUGAAGACAUCGGGAACAUUCUUAAUAUCUGCAACACCUCCAAUAUCCAGUGCAAGAAUGGCCAGAUGAACUGUCAUGAGGGUGUAGUGAAGGUCACAGACUGCAGGGAGACAGGAGGUUCCAGGGUCCCCAACUGCAGAUACCGAGCCAAGGCAAGCUCUCGGCGUAUUGUCAUUGCCUGUGAGGGUGACCCAGAGGUACCUGUGCACAUGGACAGAUAGAUGCCACCCUGCUGGGGUUAUGGGAAGCUUUUGGCCCUUUAAUUUACUUUUAAAUAUCAAUGAGCGUGCAUUUGCACGAUCCCAGGCUCUGGCUCCUCUGCUCAUUUCUUAUUCUUUUUCUCAGUAUAUCCCAUUCUAUUAAAUAUCAGUACAUUUCAUUAAAGAGACAUGGAGAGGUAUGUCUAAAA